AAUAGUCUGCCUAAGCUUAAAUCGAUUAUCUCUAGUUAACUUACAAUGUCUGUUGAAACUGCUUUGUCCUACGCUGCCUUGAUCUUGGCUGACUCUGAGCUCGAAAUCACUUCUGAAAAGUUGUUGGCUUUGACCACCAAGGCUAACGUCGAAGUUGAAGGUAUCUGGGCUGAUAUCUACGCUAAGGCUUUGGAAAGCCAAGACUUGAAGGCCUUGUUCUUCAACAUCUCUGCUGCUCCAGCUUCUGGUGCUGCUCCAGUUGCCGCUGCUGCUGGUGCUGCUGCCGGUGGUGAAGAAGCCGCUGCUGAAGAAAAGGCUGAAGAAGCCAAGGAAGAAUCCGAUGAUGACAUGGGUUUCGGUUUGUUCGAUUAAACAAUUUAAUACCUUUAUUAAACAAUUAAAAUUAAAGAUGACACCUUUAUUGCACAUUUAGUUGUAAAAAGUAUCAUCAAAUUGGGAAUUAUAUUGAUGAUGACAAUCACAGAAAAAGUUGAAAGACUACAUAUUUCAAAGAUUUUUAUACCAAUCUUUGAAUGUUUUGUGUUAUCAGGAUAGUAAUUUGUAAUAAUUUAGUUAAUUAGCAUUGGUUUUGGAUUUAUAUUGAAUAAAAAUUAGAAAU